CCCUCGGCGGCUCGGCGCCGUGGCCUCCCCCAGAAAUUUCUUAAAGAAAACUCGAUCUCCUGUCCUUAUCCGGCAUCGUUCGCGCGCCACUAGCGAAUUCCCUUUGGCAACCAACAACCCCCUCCCGCUCGGGAACGCGUGCUGCCGGCUCCAAUCCAAAAUCGAGUUCCGGUCACGCUCCAACGUUUGCGAGCAGAGUUCCUGUCUGACUUCCGUUCCGAACUCCUCCCUCCCUCCCUCCUCUCCAAGAGUUCCAGAUCGUCAAGCCAGCCACAGCUCCGCUCAGCCCCAGCGCGUCGGUCUUAUCCGCCUUCGAGCUCCGGCUCCGCCCGCCUGGAUCCACCCUGCCUCGCUAUUAAUACCACCGCCCUGCGGUUCUUGCCUCCGAUCUCCAUACCAGGCCCUUUCUCCUCGGUUCACGGAGGAAACGCGCCGCGGCCGCCUGCUCUCUUCUUCUCUUUGCCGUUUUUAGCUCGCCUGGAUCUCGCUCGCGUCGCGUGCGCUUGCUGUUCCUGUCGGCGCUGCUGGAAAGGCGGGCCUUUUCCGCGGCCGGCCUCUCGUGAUCUUUCCUUAUCCUUUGUUCGACGCCAUGAACGCGCUCGCCGCCACCAGCCGCAACUUCCGGCGGGCCGCGAGGCUGCUUGGCCUCGACUCCAAGCUCGAGAAGAGCCUGCUCAUCCCGUUCCGCGAGAUCAAGGUGGAAUGCACCAUCCCCAUGGACGACGGCUCCUUGUCGUCCUUCGUGGGGUUCCGCGUGCAGCAUGACAACGCUCGCGGGCCGAUGAAAGGCGGCAUCCGCUACCACCCUGAGGUUGAUCCAGAUGAAGUAAACGCACUUGCUCAACUGAUGACAUGGAAGACAGCUGUUGCAGCAGUACCUUAUGGUGGAGCAAAGGGAGGGAUUGGGUGCUCUCCUGGUGAACUAAGUAGAAGUGAGUUGGAGCGGUUGACUCGUGUAUUUACACAGAAAAUCCAUGAUCUUAUCGGUACUCAUACGGAUGUCCCAGCUCCUGACAUGGGGACCAAUGCACAGACCAUGGCAUGGAUGUUAGAUGAGUACUCGAAGUUCCAUGGCCACUCCCCUGCAGUUGUCACAGGGAAGCCAAUAGAUCUUGGUGGAUCAUUGGGCAGGGAUGCAGCCACAGGGCGGGGUGUGAUGUAUGCUACUGAGGCUCUCCUGGCUGAAUAUGGAAAAUCCAUAUCUGGAUCGACUUUUGUUAUUCAGGGUUUCGGUAAUGUUGGUUCAUGGGCUGCACAACUUAUCCAUGAGAGGGGCGGUAAGAUAGUUGCCCUUGGGGAUGUGACAGGUUCAAUCAAAAACAAGGCUGGCAUAGACAUACCUGCUCUGAUGAAGCACAGGAAUGACGGUGGUGCUUUGAAAGAUUUUCAUGGUGCCCAAGUUAUGGAUUCUACUGAGUUGCUAGUGCACGACUGUGAUGUUCUUGUCCCAUGUGCCUUAGGUGGAGUUCUUAACAAGGACAAUGCGCCAGACGUGAAGGCCAAGUUUAUAAUUGAAGCUGCUAACCAUCCAACUGAUCCAGAGGCAGAUGAGAUUCUCGCCAAGAAGGGAGUAAUUGUAUUACCUGAUAUCUAUGCUAAUUCUGGUGGUGUGAUAGUUAGCUACUUUGAGUGGGUUCAGAACAUUCAGGGUUUCAUGUGGGAUGAAGAGAAAGUGAACAAUGAACUAGAAAAGUAUAUGAGCAGUGCUUUUCAACACCUCAAGGCCAUGUGCAAGUCUUUAGAUUGCGACCUUAGGAUGGGGGCAUUCACCUUAGGAGUUAAUAGGGUUGCCCGCGCCACCCUCUUGAGAGGCUGGGAGGCUUGAGAUCAUUAAGCAUACAGAUUGAUCAGAUUUGACAUUCAAUAAUUCAUGUCCAACAAUAUUGGAUGACCAGUGUUUGAUCUGGUAAAAUUCAUCAGAAGUGGCAGGCUUGGAAGGAGUAGUUUGGGUGGGGUGUGCUUGUUCUUCCUUCUUUUUCACCAAUACACUACUGGGUUGCCAAUGGUUGCUUAUCCAGUUUUUGGUGAUGGUUAUUUAAAGCAUUUUGAUGUUUUACAAAAAAUAUUUUGGUCAACAAUGUUCCCGUUUCAUUUCAUUCUUAUUGAAAUACUGGUACGGGGUUCGAAGACCCCAGAUGUGAAUGAAUCGCAAAAAAUGCAUGAGA